ACUUGGUCCCCAUAGUUAUUCACACCACCAAUUGGCAAACCUUUGUAAUCGCCGGCAAUCUACUAUAAAAACCACAAUCCAACACUAUUUGUCACCAAUGGUUCAACUCAUCUUGUUAAUGGAUCUUGUUUUUUUGUAGAAAACAAUAGAUCAUGGAUAGAUUGAUAAGUUUGGAACCAUCUAAUGUUGUUGUCAUAAGAAUUGAACAUGGUCAAAAGUGUUGUGGUGAGUUAACUUUGAAGAAUGUUAUGUACACCAUGCCGGUGGCUUUCCGGCUGCAGCCGGUGAACAAGGAGCGAUACACGGUUCGACCGCAGUCGGGGAUUAUAUCUCCUUUGACUACUUUGAGGGUAGAGAUUAGUUAUGACUUCCAUCAAAGUGGUCUACCAAGGUCAGUUCCUUAUUGUGAUGACUCUUUCUUGUUGCAUAGUGUGGUGGUUCCUGGUGCCGCGGUUAAGAACCCGUCGUCGACCCAUGAUUCGGUCCCGAAUGAUUGGUUUACUGCAAGGAAGAAGCAAGUGUUUGUGGAUAGUGGGAUUAAGGUUAUGUUUGUUGGGUCAGUGGUGAUGGCUAGUCUUAUGAAGAAUGGAUCCAUGGAUGAAAUAAGAGACGUGUUGGAAAAAGGCGAUCCUAGUUGGCGAGCGGUUGACUCUGUUGACGAUGAAGGUCAAACAUUGCUUCAUUUGGCGAUUAGUCAAAGUCGAGCCGACCUGGUUCAGUUACUGCUCGAGUUUGAACCAGAUAUAGAGGCUCGUAACCGGUUAGGUAUGAGCCCACUCGAGGCUGCUUCAGCCUCGGGUGAAGGUUUGAUUGUGGAGCUCUUACUGGCUCAUAGAGCCAGUACAGAGAGGUCAGAGUCAUCCACAUGGGGCCCAGUUCACCUAGCGGCUCAUGGGGGCCAUGUGGAUGUUCUGAGGCUCCUUUUACUUAAAGGAGCCGACGUGAACAUGCUUAGUAAAGACGGGGACACCGCUUUACACAUGUCGGUGGAGGAGCAGAGACGCGACUGCUGCCGCCUGCUCUUGGCUAGUGGCGCACAGACGGACAUCCGUAACUCCCAUGACCUUGACACUCCAUUGCAUAUAGCCGCGGCUCUCGGAGACGAUUACAUGGUCAAACUUCUGCUCCAAAAGGGUGCUUACAAAGAAAUCCGAAACCGAUCCGGCAAAACCGCAUAUGAUAUCGCGGUCGAGCGGGGACACACGAAGCUUUUCGACGCACUCGGGCUCGGCGACAAGUUAUGCAUAGCUUCAAGAAAAGGUGAAGUGAGAACCAUUAGAAAGAUUCUCGAAAGCGGAGGCGUGGUCAACGGGCUGGACCAACACGGAUGGACCGCUUUGCAUCGGGCCUCAUUCAAGGGCCGGGCCGAGGUGGUCAAAUUCCUGAUUGAAAAAGGAGUUGACAUUAAUGCAAGAGAUGAAGAUGGUUACACAGCCUUGCAUUGUGCUGUUGAAUCUGGACAUGUAGAUGUGUUAGAACUAUUGGUCAAGAAGGGUGCUGACGUGGAAGCACGGACCAAUAAGGGUGCGACACCUAUGCAGAUCGCGGAGUCGUUGAACUACUCAGGGAUCAAAAGGGUUCUUGUUCAAGGUGGUGCUAGCAAGGAUGAGUUGACUCAGAUCAGUAAAAAAAUACCAGCAUUUGCAAAUAAAAGUGGUGGUAGAUUAGACAAGAAGAAGACUAGAGCAAAAGCACUUCGUGCUAGUUUUGAUCAAUCUUCUGGACAAUUGGUUGCAAUUUAAAAAACUCUAAAACAUUUGAAUUUCUGAUGAUUAUGUUUUGUUAUAUAGGGUGGUAGAAGAAACUCAUAAAAUGUUAAUUCUUAUAUGAAUCUAAAGAUUUAUGAUUGUUUUGUGGUAAGAUUCUUGAGCUUUGUUUGUAAUAUGGGGAACUAAAAUCACCCUGAACACUUUUGUUUGGAGCAUGUAUACACAUUAUGUACU